AAACUAAAUCACGGUUUGUCUUAAAUAGUGCUCGGCGUCUCGACUUGGCUAGAUAAUGAACAAAGUUUGGUUGUUUGGCUAAGAUGCAGGACUGAACGUGGCUGGUGUGAGUUCAAUACCUGAAGGAAUAACAAUCAAGCCCUUUUAUGAUGAACCUGCUGCUGUACACUGCCCUGACGUCAUGUCUUGUGGCCGCUACCCUGGGGAUCGUUGACCCCUGUUACCCCGGGGUGUGUCAGGCAACUGACACACUGACGGAGCCCUCGCUCGCCUUCAGGAAAUUGCUCUGCUGUGUUUUCUUUGGCAAACUUGGGAUGGCGACGCCCCCACCCCCCACGCAAAUGAUGAAAGCCCAGCCAGCCCUAAUGGGCGUGACAACCCAGAAGCCCACGACAACCACAGACAUCUGCGACUUCCUGUGUGAUAUUCAGCUGGGGGGUGAGGCCUGUCUGUGCAGCCACCCCAGCCUGCCGGGAUAGACAGACAUUUGUCUGCCGUGGUAGACAGACAUUUGUCUGCCGUGGUAGACAGACAUUUGUCUGCCGUGGUAGACAGACAUUUGUCUGCCGUGGUAGACAGACAUUUGUCUGCCGUGGUAGACAGACAUUUGUCUGCCGUGGUAGACAGACAUUUGUCUGCCGUGGUAGACAGACAUUUGUCUGCCGUGGUAGACAGACAUUUGUCUGCCGUGGUAGACAGACAUUUGUCUGCCGUGGUAGACAGACAUUUGUCUGCCGUGGUAGACAGACAUUUGUCUGCCGUGGUAGACAGACAUUUGUCUGCCGUGGUAGACAGACAUUUGUCUGCCGUGGUAGACAGACAUUUGUCUGCCGUGGUAGACAGACAUUUGUCUGCCGUGGUAGACAGACCUUUGUCUGCCGUGACAGACAGACAUUUGUGUCACGGAAGUCAUUGCUUUCUGUCGUAGCUCUAAAUGUCUGCUCAUACUUUGGCUGUAUAAAGAAACAUUACACAAGGAAUUAAAUUGAUUACAACCAAACUCA